UUAGUUGACCCAGGCUGCCACCAGAAGGCUAUAGUGCUUCCCGCCCGUAAUUGAGCGUGAGGCUAGAGGUAUGACGAAGAGAGGAAGUAGGAGUAGAGCUAACCGAGAGAGAUUUAUUGGCUUGCCAGCCCGUCUGAGAUGGCACUUGACGUGACCCAAGUGUGGAGCUGCCGCCCUUUCGGUGUCGGAGAGGAUACAAUGCACGAUUCGUAGUCUCAAGUCCGAAGAUUUACUCUUGCCGGAGAUGAAUAUUCGAUGUAAAGAACAUUCCGUGCAGCAUAUUUAGAAAAUGUUCGGAAUUUAUGCUGCGGCGUGGCUGGCGUGGCUAGUGUGGCUGGCGUGGGUGGCGUGGGUGGCGUGGUUGGCGUGGGUGGCGUGGGUGGCGUGGCUGGCGUGGGUGGCGUGGCUGACGUGGCUGGUGUGGCUGGCGUGCGCAGAGCGUGCUGGCGUGCGCAGAGCG